AUGAAGUUUGGGAAAUACUUCGAGAAAGAGUUGGCGUCGCUGGACGUCCCCAAAGAAUGGGCCGAAAAUGCUAUUCAGUACAAGGCAUUGAAAAAACGAAUCAAGCGGUUUGCUGAAGAGCUAAUGGUGCUUGGGCUUUCCAAGGAGACCAUGGGGAUAUUACUCAGUGCCUCAGAGGUAACCAAUGCGACUAUAAAUACCUCAGAUACUAAAGUAAUAGAUAUUUCCAUGGAAAAUGAUAAUAAUAAUGGGGAUAAGGGUGAUAAUGAAAAAGAAGAUGAGGAGGAGGAGGACGGACCAGUAUCAUUACAAUCAUUAGAGGAGAAAAUACAAGAUAUAAGUCUCGAAGGGACUGACCUUGAGGAUAAAGAGCCGAUACUCUAUAAUCUUAAAUUUCAAAUCCAGGUAUUAGAAGACGAUGCGGUCCAAGAACAAGAAAACCAUCCAAUAGCGAAUUAUUUAUUGGUAGAAGAUCAACAGUAUGUCAAGCCAAAAUUGAUUGUGGUCUUAAACAAUGACAAUGAUGAAUAUUCUAAAGAAAUUAGGCAAAAAAUCAUUAAAUAUAUUGAGCAUACCAGGAAGACUGACAAAAUUGUGGAAGUUAAGGAGGAUCAAAUCAAGUUACAAAAUAUUGAGAAAUUGAAAAAUUUACAACGAGUAAGAAUCACGAUUGAUCUACACGAAGAUGACGAAUUUUUUCAAACAAUAUUCACUGAAUUAACAAAUCUCCAACAAUUGAAAAUAGAACAUGAACAAAAGAUGACAAAAGAAAUUGAAACCAUAAGUGAUACUAUUGGGUCAUUAUCAUCGCCCAGCAAGUGGAGGACCGACCUUGAUAGCUGGAGAGAAAUUUUCGAAAUAUACUUGGAAAAUAGGAUAUUCUAUGUGACUGAUGACAUUCACGGAGAAAGAAAGUUUGAAGAUUCUAGCAAAAGAUUGCAGCAAUUUGAGAAAGAAAUCAAUUCCACAGAUUUGGUCCAAGGUUUCAAACAUAAAAAAUCAAAGGUGGCGUACGAAGCAUUCUACCAACUUAAUGUUGAUUUACUUCAAGCGAUGAAAUUCCAUCAUCUCAAUAAGUUGGCGGUAACCAAGAUCCUCAAGAAAUUCGAUAAACAAACGGCGUUGGCUGUCAGAACUCAAAUUCCCGAUAUCAUGUCGCAAAAGCCCUUCAUUAACGAGUCAUUCAUCAACACUCUUUAUGGGGCAAUUUCUGAAAAACUUGUGUCGGUAAUACCGCAAAUUGAAGACUAUGAUUGUCCCAUAUGUUUCACUAUUGCCUAUAGACCUAUCAGACUCAAAUGUAGCCAUGUGUUUUGUGUGCAAUGUUUGGUUAAUCUACAACGCCAAAAGAAAGAUGAAUGUCCAGUAUGUCGUAGUCCGGCAGUCAUGGAGGCAACAUCAGAUAAUUUGGAUAUCGAAUUGCAGGACUAUAUGAAGACUUAUUUCCCAAAGCAGGUAAAGGAAAAACAGAAGGAAAGAAUGAAAACCAUUGAAGCUGAGACAUAUUAUCUUGCGUAUAGAAAAGCCAAGUAUAGUGGCGAAGGAUGUUGCAUCCAGUGA